CACUCGGAGGGACACACCGAGGUCUGCUUCGACGAAACUGGGAAGUUCAUCGUGACGUGUGGCAACGAUGGAGACGUUCGAAUUUGGGAAAGUCUGGAAGACGACGAUCCAAAGUUCAUCACCGUUGGGGAGAAGGCGUACUCUGUGGCGCUUAAGAAAGGCAAGUUGGUGACGGCGAGCUCCAACAACACGGUGCAGAUCCACACGUUUCCUGAUGGCGACCCGGACGGCAUCCUGACGCGCUUCACCACCAACGCCACGCACGUCACCUUCAACAGCAGCGGCUCAAGAGUCGCCGCCGGAUCCAGUGACUUCAUGGUGAAGGUGGUGGAGGUGUCGGACAGCAGCCAGCAGAAAACACUGCGGGGUCACGAGGCUCCGGUCCUCAGUGUCUCUUUUGACCCUAAAGAUGAAUUCUUGACUCAGGUGGUCAGCUGGCCUCUGCUGCAGAAGACCAACGACGUCAGCAACGCCAAGUCUCUGUGUCGGUUAGCGUUUCAGCCGGCAGCGGGGAAGCUUUUAGCAGUUCCUGUAGAAACCAAAGUGCACCUGUACGAGCGGGGGUCCUGGACUCUUGUCAGCUCUCUGUCUGAUGAUCUGUUCACACAGCCGAUCAAUGUGGUGGCCUGGUCCCCGUGUGGUCAGUUUCUGGCAGCUGGCAGUGUUGGUGGUUUACUGGCGGUGUGGGACGUAAACAGCAAGCUGUGUGUGGAAAGGCAGAAGCACGAAAAAGGCUUCACCGUCUGCAGUUUGGCUUGGCAUCCAUCGGGCAGCCAGUUGGCCUACACAGACACUGAGGGCUGCCUGGGCCUGCUGGACGGACUCAGCACCUCCAGCACCGCUGCAGUACCUGCGUCCAAAACAAAACCUGCAAAAGACUACGACGACCUGUUUGAUGAGGAUGACGGUGGACAUAUGGAUGAAGGGCUGAGCGACACCAUCUCGCCACUUAAGAAGCCUGUCGCUGCCGAGGACGACGACGAUGACGACGACUUCCUGAUCCCAUCCACCGGGCGGGUUAGGAACAGGGGGGCCAUCCUGGCUGACGAGAACUCAAUGGACACAGGAUCUCUGAAGCUCGGUCAGGACAGAUUCAGGGAUGAUGAUGAUGAUGAUGAUGAUGCCGGCAGCACCGUGGCCCCCGACGCCGCUCCUCUGGCCCCGCUGCGCCCCGUGUAUGAGGGGCCGCUGCCCACUCCUCCGCAGAAGGCCUUCCAGCCGGGCUCCACCCCGGCACACCUCACACACCGYUUCAUGACUUGGAACUCUGUGGGAAUCGUGCGAGGCUACAACGACGAGCAGGACAACGCCAUCGACGUGGAGUUUCACGACACGGCCGUCCACCACGCCAUGCACCUCACCAACUCUCUGGGUCACACUGUGGCUGACCUGUCCCAGGAGGCCGUGCUGCUGGCCUGCCCCAGCACACAGGAGCUGGCCAGUAAGCUGCAGUGCCUCCACUUCUCAUCAUGGGACACCAACAAGGAGUGGAUGGUGGACCUGCCGAAGGGCGAGGACGUGAAGGCGCUGUGUCUGGGRCAAGGCUGGGCCGCGGUCGCCACCAGCACCAUGGUGCUCCGGCUCUUCUCCAUCGGAGGAGUCCAGAGAGAGCUCUUCAGCCUGCCGGGACCCGUGGUGUGUGUGGCCGGACACGGAGAGCAGCUGCUGAUCGUCUACCACCGAGCGACAGGUUUCGAUGGGGAGCAGGCUCUUGGAGUUCAGCUGCUGCAGUUCGGUCGCAGGAAGAGGCAGCUCAUCAGCGGAGAGCCCCUCCCCCUCUCCCACAGAUCCUACCUCUCCUGGCUCGGGUUCACUGCCGAAGGGACCCCCUGCUAUGUAGAUUCAGAUGGGGUGGUCCGGAUGCUGAACCGCUCCCUGGGAAACACCUGGACACCAGUUUGUAACACCAGGGAAACCUGUAAAAGCAAAUCGGAUCAUUACUGGGUGGUGGGAGUGCACGAGAACCCCCAGCAGCUCAGGUGUAUUCCCUGUAAAGGCUCCAGGUAUCCCCCCACCCUGCCUCGGCCCGCAGUCGCUAUUCUUCCCUUUAAACUUCCUCUGUGUCAGACCAGCACAGAGAAAGGCCAAAUGGAGGAGCAGUACUGGCGUUCAGUCCUCUUCCACAACCACUACAACUUCCUGUCCUCCAACGGCUACGAGGUCAGCGAGGACGCUAAGACUGAGUCCCAGAAGGAGCAGCAGGAGCUGCUCAUGAAGAUGUUUGCUUUGUCCUGUAAACUGGACAGGGAGUUCCGCUGCGUGGAGCUGGCCGACCUGAUGACUCAGAAUGUGGUGACUUUGGCCAUUCGAUACGCGUCCCGAUCCAGGCGGAUGGUCCUGGCUCAGCGGCUCAGUGAGAUCGCUCUGGAAAAGGCCAACCAGAUUCAGGAAGAAGAACCAGAGGAGCAGGAAGAGGAGCCUGACUACUGCAGCGUCAGGCGGACCUCUGGGUGUAGUGGAGGCCAGUCCAGCAUCAGACACAACCAGCAGGAGGAGGAGGAGGAGGAGGUGGAGGUGGAGGAGGAGGAUGGAGGGGAGAAGGAGAUGGAGGAGGCAGUAGAAACUAAAAGACGUGUGAACCCUUUCGCUAAAGAAGCCGACGCCCCUGUAAUGCCGUCGCUGACGCCACUUGGUAAAGCUGGACGAGCAAAUCCCUUCAAGGUUUCUGGUUCUGGUAAACCCACGUCCUCAUCGGGUCAGCCUCGAGUGACCAACAUCCUGGACAGCAUGACGUCCAGCAGGAAGUCGGCUCCACUCAGUGGAUCUGCAGGGAGAUCCAAUAAAAACCCAGUCCUCAAACCACUGGUCCCCAGGUCCAAAACCAAGUCGUGGACAGAAAGAGCAAAAGGACAAAGUGGAGACGCAGCAGCAGAGAUGAAGAAAAGAAAAAGAGCCGACGGAGGUGGAGACAAUGAAACGGCUCAAGCUGAUGAAAAUAAUGCCAAGAAGAAGAAACCCCUGGAUCCCUCCUCAAAGCUGUCAGCGUUUGCUUUUAACAAAAACUGAUCUAACUUUGGUUUCUCAUAAAUGACAGUAGUUUGGUCAUAGUUCAUGUUGAAUAUGGAGAAGACGUUGUGAUUUUACUUUUCUAUAAACACUUUACUGUAUUUUAACAAUUAAAURUAUUUGUUCAUA